GAGCUCUGCUAAAGAAAACUAUUCUGGGAUUUUUCUCAGAAAAGAUGUCAAGGAAAACCUACAUUAUAAAAAAAAAAAAGAACAAAAGGAAAAAAAUCUUCAGUGUGUGAGUGUGUUAUGUGUGUAUGUGUGUAUGUGGUGUAUGUGUACUAUGUGUGUGUGCUUGUGUGUGGUUUGGUAUGUACAUUGUGUAUAUGUGUGUGUUGUAUGUUAAGUGUGUUCUAUGUGUGUGUUAUGCAUGUGUGCAUGAGUGUUGUGUGUGUAUUAUGUAAGUAUGUAUGUGUUUUAUGUGCGUGUAUAUGUGUAUGCACUGUCUGUUGUAUAUGUAUGUGUGUGUUCUGUGUGUAUGUGCACUGUAUAUGCAGUGUAUAUAUGUUUGUGUGUUGUGUGUGCAUUGUAUGUAUGUUACAUGUUAUGUGUUUGUAUGUUGUAUGUGUUGUAUGUAUGUUUGUGUGUGGUUUGUUUGUUGUAUAUAUGUAUAUAUGUUGUGUAUGUUGUGUAUGUGUAGGUAUAUAUAUGCAUUGUAUGUGUGUGUUGUGUGUGUUAUGUAUAUAUUGUGUAUAUGUGUGUUAUGUUGUAUGUGUAUGUGUUGUAUGUGCAUGGUAUGUAUAUAUGUGUUAUAUGUUAGGUGUGUGUAUGUGUUAUAUGUGUAUGUUUGUGUGUGGUACGCUGUGUGUGUUGUGUAUAUGUAUAUGCACUGUGUGCUGUAUAUGUGUGGGUAUAUGUAUAUGUUGUAUGUGUAUAUAUGUAUGUGUUAUGUGUGUAUGUUUGUUGUGUGUGAUGUAUGUGUGUAUAUGUUUAUGUGUUUGGUGUGCUGUGUAUGUUGUAUAUAUGUGUAUGCAUUGUGUGUGCUGUGUAUGUGUGGGUAUACUUGUAUAUGUUGUAUGUGUAUGUAUGUGUGUGUUGUGUGUCUAUAUGUUGUGUGUAUGUGUGUUGUGUUGUAUGUGUUGUAUGUGCAUGGUAUGUAUAUAUGUAUGUAUUAUAUGUUAGGUGUGUUAUAUGUGUUGUAUAUGUGUUAUAUGUGUGGUAUGUUGUGUGUAUUGUAUAUAUGUGUAUGCAUUGUGUGUGCUGUGUAUGUGUGGGUAUACUUGUAUAUGUUGUAUGUGUAUGUAUGUGUGUGUUGUGUGUGUAUAAGUUGUGUGUGUGUUGUGUUGUAUGUGUUGUGUGUGCAUGGCAUGUAUAUAUGUAUGUGUUAUCUGUUAGGUGUGUGUAUAUGUGUUGUAUAUGUGUUGUGUGUGUGUAUGUUUGUGUGUGGUAUGUUGUGUGUGUUGUAUAUAUGUGUAUGCAUUGUGUGUGCUGUGUGUGUUGGGGUAUACGUAUGUGUUAUAUGUGUAUGUAUGUGUGUUGUGUGUGUGUGUUGUGUGUGUGAUGUAUGUGCAUAUAUGUUUGUGUGUAGUGUGCUGUUUGUGUUGUGUAUAUGUGUAUGCAUUGUGUGUGUUGUGUAUGUGUGGGUACAUGUAUGUGUUGUAUGUGUAUGUAUGUGUGUGUUGUGUAUGUAUGUAUGUGUAUGUGUGUUGUGUAUGUCUUGUGUGUAUGUAUCUUGUGUUGUAUGUGUAUGUGUUGUGUGUGUAUGGUAUGUAUGCAUGUGUUAGAUGUUAGAUGUGUGUAUAUGUGUUGUAUAUGUAUUAUAUGUGAGUUUAUGUGUGUUAUGUUGUGUGUGUUGUGUUUAUGUGUAUACAUUAUGUGUGCUGUAUAUGUGUGUGUAUAUGUAUGUGUUGUAUGUGUUUGUAUGUGUGUGUUGUGUAUAUGUGUUGUGUAUGUGUGUUGUAUGUGUGAUGUAUUGUGCAUAUAUAUUUGUGUGUGUUAUAUUGUGUAUGUGUAUGCAUUGUAUAUGCUGUGUGUGUGUGGUAUAUGUAUGUGUUGUAUGUGUGUUGUGUGUGUGUAUGUAUAUGUUCUAUGUGUGUAUAUGAUUAUGUGUGGUGUUGUGUGUCUGUGUUGUAUAUAUGUAUUUGUGUUGUGUAUGUUGUAUAUGUGUGGGUAUAUGUGUUGUGUGUGUAUGUGUAUAUAUGUGUGUUGUAAUGUGUUGUAUGUAUGUGAAUGUUUGUGUGUAUAUGUAUGUGUAUGUGUUGUAUAUAUUGUGGGGUGUGUGUGUGUGUGUAUUUGUGUUAUGUGGCGAGGAGCAGUGAAGCAAAUGUGAGUACUAAGCCUCCACAAAAUGGCUUCCUCCAAAUGGGCAGCUUCCAUUUCAUGUUCACUCGAUAGGCAUUUACAGUCAGUGGUCUGUCAGGGCCUGGCUAGGAUUCAGAAAGCAACAGACUGUUAGACACCUGUCAUCUGACAAGGGAUUUUAAGAUCACAGAACACUCCAACUGUCAUGCUCUCAGCUCUGAGAAAGUCAUACAGAAUUUUUCAAAUGGGCUCGGUGGGCAUUAGCACCUCCGCAUUAGAGGCCUGGGUCCUGCACAUACUUACCUUGCCACCUUUGGGGAAAAAAAAGAGGCCCUGGCCUUUAAUGUCUGGGAUCUGAAUGGAUGUGUUCACGACGUGGGGCACUGAAGUGUUUUUAUUGCCCAGUACUGUUUAAAAAGGCUGAUGUGACUAAACAGAAGACUUUAAAAAAUGCAAAAUGCAAUUAAAAUGUGUCAUCAUUAUCAGUGAUGACCACUAGCUAACAAUGUUAGAAGCAUGAGCCACGCCCCCCAGGCCAUGGCUGAUCCCUACGGCUCAUGCCGUCUUCUCACGGUAGAUCACAUGUUUAAGAUAAAAAUAAAAUUACCUAUUUAGAAAAAAAAAUGUUUUUGAGAGAAGUUGAAAUUUUUUAAAGGACCUCUGCAAAACACGUUGUUAUUGCAGAUGUUAUUGGGAGGUAGGAUGCAGAUCUUCCUUAAAUUUGAAAUUUGGGGGUGGGGGGAAGCUAUGGGCUCCCCACUGCACCAAACAGUUCAGUGGAGGCCUUCGGUAUUUAGAAAAAGAAAAUGGCUGCAUUUAAAAAAAAAUAGAAAAACAAAAAAUAAAAACCAAUCAUCAUGCUGAGAUGCAGUGCAGUAUCGUACCACUUGGCAGCCAAAUAAAUAAUUAUAUAAUUAAUUGUGAUUUUCUAUAAAAAUGAGGUAUUACUAUAGUGGUCAUAUUAUACACAGUGCUUUACAUACUUGUAAUAAAGGCAAGAGAUACUAAAAUAUCCUGAUCUAGUAGCCCCUUCAGAUUCUAAACCGAGAGAUAAUAAAUAUCCAAGUGAAAAAGAAAGGAAAAAAAAAAAAGGUCUAACCCACAGAUUUUUAAACUGAAAGAAACAUGAAAACAGCCCUUGAUUACAUUAUGUUAA